CUUUAAUAAUAAUACUGGUAUCAUCCAAUCUUACUAAGUGAUCUUAUUUUGAAAAAGAGAUGUCGUCGUGGCAAGAAAAAGAAAAAUAGUGAUCUGAAGCAGAAUUACAAGUUUUUUUUAAGUUAUCCACGUGCAAAACACGGCGGAGAGGCUUCUGCCGUUCUGCCAAGCUUGCCCAGAAGUCCGUAAAAAUAGCCCCAGAUUCGCAGGUCGAGAAACAGAAAAUUUCCCCAUCCGUGCCUCGUCAUCUCCGGUGCCCGCCAACCCCGACUCGCCGUCGCCUCCAACAACCCCGACCGCACCUCGUCUCCCGCGACACCGUGGCGACUAGUGUUUCCUAGCGCCGCCUGCAUCCCCCACCUCCGACCGGGUCCGGACGAGACGUCGGGGUCCUUCGCAUUCCUCCGCUCCGCACGUCCUCAGGCCGGCGAUCUCCGCUCCCCCGUCGUUGGCUCCCUCCCCGAGGGAAAGGGGACUCCCGUCUUCACCCGUCCGUGGAGUUCCUCCGGCUGUCCCAUCUCCCUACCCCAACUGCAAAUUCCUCUGUUCGCGAGGUGAGGGGAAGCUAGCACAUGUGACACAUCAGUGACAGAUAGAAGACUGUGUCCACUGGAUGUGAAUUGUGAAUUUCAUUUGAUUUGAGUUUUCCUUGAGAUGGCGGUUGGAUUGACAUCCCAGCUGUUCCUAAGGCUGCCUGCUUCUCACAUAUAUUGCCAAAGGAACAAAUUUAGGAGCCAUCAGAUGAGGAGUUCUCUUCCCUUGUCAUCCACUUCGUUUCCUUCAAUUGCUGAUCGGCAAGACUAUUGGGGUCAUAAUGUGUUGGAGAGUAACUACAGGCUCAUGCCUUAUAUUCCUAAUAGAUAUAGAUCUUUGGGCUUUAGGUCUUUUGCCUUGCCAGUUCCUUCGCAGGAAAAUCCUCUUAUCAAGAGCGCAUCAUUAGCACUGACUAGGUCAUGUGAUACUUUACUUGCAAAUCCUGCUACUUCGCUUGUGUUCCCUGCAGUUGGAAUUAUUGUGUUUGCUCUAUGGGGUUUUUUGCCUCUAAUGCGGGAUAUUAGAAACCGUUUUGAUCAUGGAGGCAACUGGAAGAAGAGCCGUACUUAUUUAGUUUCUUCGUCAUACCUUCAACCUCUACUUCUCUGGACAGGAGCAACACUAAUCUGCAGGGGUUUGGAUCCAGUUGUGUUGCCUUCAGCAGCAAGCCAAGCUGUGAAGAUGCGCCUGAUAACUUUUGUGAGAUCAUUAUCAACUGUCCUGGCUGUUGCUUAUAUUCUGACAAGCGUAAUUCAGCAGGUACAGAAGUUUCUCGUGGACAUGCGUAAUCCCAAUGAUACAAGAAAUAUGGGAUUUGAUUUUAUCACGAAAGCUCUUUAUACUGGUAUUUGGAUUGCUGCUGUUUCUCUCUUUAUGGAAUUGCUGGGUUUCAAUACCCAGAAGUGGAUAACUGCUGGCGGUUUUGGGACAGUAUUGCUUACACUUGCUGGCCGUGAGAUUUUCACUAACUUCCUCUCGAGUGUCAUGAUCAAUGCCACACGACCAUUUGUAGUCAAUGAAUGGAUCAAUGCAAAGAUAGAUGGUGUUGAAAUCUCUGGCAUUGUUGAGCAUGUUGGUUGGUGGUCACCAACAAUUAUUAGAGGUGAUGAUCGAGAAGCGAUAUACAUUCCUAACCAUAAGUUUACAGUUUCUAUAGUAAGGAAUAACACCCAGAGAACCCAUUGGCGUAUUAAGACCUAUCUUGCUAUAAGCCACAUGGAUGCUGGAAAAAUUGGGAUUAUUGUUGCAGACAUGAGGAAAGUGUUGGCAAAAAAUCCACACAUAGAACAACAGAAGCUGCACAGGAGAGUAUUUUUUGAGAAAAUUGAUCCAAAAAAUCAAGCACUUAUGAUUUACAUAUCCUGUUUUGUGAAGACAUCACAUGUGGAGGAGUAUCUCAAUGUCCAGGAAGAUGUUAUGUUGGAUCUUCUUAGAAUAGUUGGCCAUCACAAAGCAAGGCUUGCUACCCAAAUUCGAACGGUUCAGAAAUCAUAUGGCAAUGCAGACUUUGAUAACAUUCCUUUUGGAGAGGACAUGUAUUGUCGCACCCGUGGCCGUCCACUUCUGAUCGAUACAUCUGCAAGGAUCAGUGAUGACAAAGCCAAACCUCGACAGGUAUCAUCACGCGAGGAGCAGAAAGGGAAGACAAAUGGUUCGGUACAGAUCAAAUCCGCUUCACCUGAAAAUGGUAAUGUAAGCAACUCUGAAAAGCAGGAACAGAAAAAAUUGGUAACUGAAGAUGCUCGGAUGAAGAACAGCAAGAUUGAUAACGUGACACCAGUAAAACCGUCUUCAGAUGCUGUUACGUCAACUUCCAAGACUGGUAAAGGGAAGGCACAGGAACCUGAGGCCACUGAACGUCAAGGAGAUGGUUCCGUGUCGGUGCCUAAUCUGAAGAAAGAAUCUAGUCCAGCUUUCGAAGACAACAUUGUUCUGGGCGUUGCUCUUGAUGGCUCCAAGAGGACGCUGCCUAUUGAAGAAGGGAACCCUUAUCCAUCACACACUGAGACUGAGCCGAACACCGUAGAGGCUGCUUCAUCACCAAAGGAUAAGAUGGCUCAAAGGCCGAAAAAUUCCGGUCAAGAGAAGACUGACCAGAGGAAUGUAGAUAGGUGAUCCAAGUUCGGAUUGAACCCUUGUGAAGAUUUGUCACCAAGCCUACCUUUUUUGUGCGCUGGUGCAAAUGCGAUCUGACACACAUCAUCGUUGUGUAUUCAAGGUGUAGUUUGCCGCUGAUGAUUAUUCUGGGAACACAACCCUGUUUUCAAUGUAUCUAUCAGUCGUAUUGUAUAGGCUUGUAACAGUUGCAAGGGUACAAACAUUUUGUACAUGCACUGCA